AUGUGGAACUACCAUCUUCCUGGUCAGGGGAAGAACCCACUGAAUGCUGGGAAAAAUGUCAAGAAAGAUCCCGGCGUCCCGAACCUCUCCCACUUCAAAGAGCAGGCCAAAAGGCAGGCCGAGCAGAAGAAAAAGAGGGUAGAAGAGAUGAAAGCAAAGCAAAAAGAUGCCCGGCAGAAAAAACUGGCGAAAAGAAGGAGCUUGGACACGUUUCAGAACGAUGCACUGAGGCGGCAGAGGGAGUUUGAGCAGAAGGAGGCAGAUCUGCGGAGCUUGGAGAAACAAUAGCAGCUGGAGAAUGAGAACUCCAGGAAAGCCUAUUAUCGGGAAUUCAAAAAGGUGGUGGAAGCAGCUGACGUUAUCCUUGAAGUCCUGGAUGCCCGGCAUCCACUGGGUUGUCGCUGCCCACAGGUGGAGCAGGCUGUGGUGCAGAGCGGUACACACAAAAGGCUAGUCUUAGUUCUUAACAAAAUAGAUCUUGUGUCCAAACCUAUAGUGGAGAAAUGGCUGAAGUACCUGCGGAAUGAGUUUCCUACGGUGGCGUUCAAGGCGUCUACACAGCAGCAGAAUAAGAACCUGCAACAAAGCAGAGUACCGGUCACCCAAGCAUCGGAGGACCUGCUUAGCUCAGGAGCUGAUUGUCUUAUGAAACUUCUUGGAAACUACUGCAGAAAUCAGGACAUCAAGACGUCCAUAACCGUCGGGGUUGUAGGUUUUCCUAAUGUGGGAAAAAGCAGUUUAAUUAACAGCCUAAAGAGGGCGCGAGCGUGCAGUGUUGGAGCAACGCCCGGAGUCACCAAAUGCCUGCAAGAGGUUCACCUAGACAAGCACAUAAACUUUCUGGACUGCCCGGGUAUCGUCAUGGCGACGUCUACAUCCGAUGCCGCCAUGAUUUUGCGGAACUGUGUGAAAAUUGAGCAGUUGAUUGACCCAGUAGGACCGGUGGAGGCCAUCCUGAGACGCUGCAAUAAAGAUCAGGUAGUUGAUGGGAGAGGGUGUCGGGUAGAGGAAUAG